AUGCUGUACGACAGCGAACAUGAAAUUCAAAAAUACUUCACUGAACAACAGAACAGAGAAGUUAUUUUAAUAUCUGAUAAUGAAAUAAUUUCAAAAAUGAAUUUGGACAAGAAUGUUUUGUAUUUAGGAUUUAGAUAUGAAUUGUAUUGUUCUUCUAAAAGUUUGAGUACACCAAAGUGUUUAGUUGUGUGUGAUAUUUCAACUGAAAAAGCUUGGGAGCUAAAUGAACGCAGACCUGAACAAGAAAAAUAUAUUAGGAAAACAUUUAAUGAUCUUGUUAUGAGAUAUGAAGAAUCAAAUCAUUCAAAUAGAUGGGAUUCACCAUUGAUAAAUUUACAAUUGGAUGACACUUUGCCCGCUGAAGACAUUCGAAAAGCAAUUUUUGAAGUUGCUGCUCCUGUACCAAAUCAAUCGACAAUAAAUGCUCCAUUAAAUUCUAGUUCAUAUUUGUAUGAUUUAGAUCAAAAAACACAAGAAGUAAUUAAUUCAAUUAUACAGUUGAAGAAACAAGGUGUGGAAGGAGAAAAUAUUGAAUUAGUAGAUUACGGAGGAAAAUAUCUGAACAAAUUGGACAAAAGCAUCUCAUUGGUGCAGCUUGCUAAGUCUAGGGAACAGUUUCUAUCUUAUGCCAAAAGCCAUGUUUCAGUUACAAAUAGCCAAUCAAAUAUUAUUAACGUGUUUAUAGAAUUCCUGAAUAACAAUGUUACUUGUUGAAAAAAAUGAUUAUUAUUUAUUU